AGACGUCCCCCCAACAUCAUCCAUCGCCGUCUCUCACACCCUUUUCAUCUACUAUCCAUUACCACGUUUUAUACCCCCAUUCUAUCAUCCAUUGAUACGGUUAUACUUGCUUUAUGCCCUCCAUCAUGUCCGACCUCAACCUCCAAGAGAUCCAUGACUUCCUCAUCGCCGUGGCCAAGAAGGCCGGCGAGAUGAUCACGACUGCCCGUCCUACCACCGUCGCCGCGGGCGAAAAGAAGAACUCCGCCGACCUAGUCACGGAGACCGACCAAGCAGUAGAGAAGAUGGUGUCGACGACGCUCAAAGAGAAAUACCCAGACUUUGCAUUCAUGGGCGAAGAGACGUACAAGCCGGGCGACCGGCUCACGGCAGCCCCGACCUUCAUCGUGGACCCGAUCGACGGCACGACGAACUUUGUGCACGGGUACCCGUACGUGAGCAUCUCGCUCGGUCUAGCGGUAGAGCACAAGCCGACGGUGGGCGUCGUGUUCAACCCGUUCACGCAGACGCUGUACAGCGCGAUCAAGGGGCGCGGCGCCUUCCUGAACCACACGACGCCGCUGCCGCUGCGGGACCCGGAGCCGCUGCGCCAGCUGGACAGCGCGGUCGUGUGCGUCGAGUGGGGCAGCGAGCGCACCGGCAACGACUACAAGGUCAAGAGCGAGACGUUCCGCAAGCUGUGCGCGAGCAAGGAGGACGGUGGCGCCAUGGUCCAUGGCCUGCGCUCGUUUGGCUCCGCCGCCCUUAAUCUGUGUGGCGUUGCCAGCGGCGCGCUGGACUUGUAUUGGGAGGGCGGCUGCUGGGCCUGGGAUGUCUGCGCUGGUUGGGUCAUUUUAACUGAGGCUGGUGGCUUGAUUGUUGAUGGCAACCCGGGGAACUGGGAGCAGAGUGUGGAUGGGAGGAGGUAUUUGGCUGUGAGGAAGGGUGAGGGCCAGAAGGCUAUGGUGGAGGAGUUCUGGGGUUGGAUCCAGGGGAAGAUGGAGGUUGGUAUUUAAUGGCGGGA